GUCUUGAUAUCAAACUGAAACUGAUCCGAUCUGAACAACAGACCUGCUGAAAACGACUGAUACAUGGCUAUGUGCCCUAUUUAAAACUUCGGGAUUUGUCUUUUUAAAACUGAUAUUAACAUGAAUCGUCUUCAAGAUGAGGUGGAGCUGGAAAUCAGUGUCAGAAGACUCAGAGAAAAAUUUCAUGGAAAGAUUACAAUUGACAAGGCAGCUCUGCUUAUGCGCCGCUAUGGCAAUGACCAUCGACGCAUAGCCAUGGAGAUUGUACUGAUGAAAGAUAGAGAGCUUGACGAUGAAGACAGACAUGAUUUAAAGAAUGAUCUCAUUGUUAAGCAUGUGGUGGAGAAACUUAAGGCUGAAGAGAAGAACGAAGCCAGGUCUCAAGCCCAUUCUUCUACCAGCCAGGCAGCCCUAAAACAAGACAGAUCCCGCAAGUCUGGUAAUAAGUCCAAAGCAGACAAACAGCCAAAUGAGGACAAGGACAUCCAGGAACUCGGUGAGCGUCUCCGUGUGCUGCCCCUGACCCAGGAGAAUGUGCGCAUGUUUGACAACGCGCAGCGUGACCUCAUCCCGUCCGUCUUGCACCAGUUUGCCUGCGAGCGGUGUGACAAUGACUGGUGGCGCCGCGUCGCACAGAGGAAAACAGUGUCCCGCUGUCAUAAGUGCAAGACGAAGUAUGACCCUGUACCGGAAGGCAAAAUGUGGGGCAUUGGAGAGUUCCACUGCCCCAACUGCGCUCGCACUUUCAGGGGUUUUGGAAGGAUGGAUUUGGGCUCGCCUUGCUAUGGCUGUCACUCCGUCAUAACCCCAACGAAGAUUUUACCGCCUCGCCGCAACGUGCUGGGCGAUGGACCAAGAACAAAGAACCCACACAGAUGCCUUGCUGAAGACUGCUACAACAGACAAGAACCACACGUUCCAGGGACUGAGUGCGUCCACCCCCGCAGUCGCCAGCAGAACCGCAAGCCCCGCGUGGUGAACGCCAGCGCCACGCACAUCAGCUCUGGUUCCACCGUCAACACCUGCCUGAGCCAGGGCAUCAUCCUGGACCUGUACGAUCUGGUCCGCGACGACCUGGAGGACGUCAUCUACGAGGACACCGAGGAGGAGGAGGAGGAUGAGGAGGGGGGAGAGUCCGACAGUAGCACAGGCAAUAUCAGAUAGAGACGAUGAGGCUUUCGUAUGCUGCAGCUAAUAGUCAUCUCGCUGUCUGUGGCUUGAAAGUCACACAUGGUACGUCUUAAACACAUUAUCAUACGUUUCUUCACACAGCUCUAGGUAAUCAGGGAACAGUGCAAAAAUCCUGUCAAAACAUUAAAUGACAGAUUUCUGUGCUCCCACCAAAUAUCACAUCAUACCUUCUGUAUGUUCUUCUAUGCAAGAAUUAAGCAGUGACCAUUUUAUCCGUCAUACAGUUUGUUCACGGCUUUCAGGUUAUCGUCAUACCCCUCUUCUUUUGUUUACACUUGCUAGAUUUCAAUACAAAAUUGUGUAUUUUUAUCAGUGUCCAUGUUUAUAUGAAUUUGUCAAAAGAAAAAUGGUCUAAGAAGUAUAAUGUUAUAAUAUUAUUAUGACAAUGUGAGACACUGCCCAGCCCACUGAAAGAUGAGACCCCUGGGCCAGUCUUCUAUUCUUUGUCCUGCAACACAAAGGAACCUAAAUCCAAUACGACUAUUACACUUGCACAAAGCAGUGGACGAACUCAAUGUAAUGAAUGUUCUGUGGAAGUUCACCUCAGAUAGAAAUGUGCUUUCUUAAUGACUGUUUUUGUAAUUCACUUAAUGCGCCCAGGGUUAAUCUCAUAAACACCUUCAUUAUGGGACACCUCUGUUUGUCAGAGUGAUUACAAAAGAUAGGGUUUGUGGGGUGGCUGGUGAGACAUUGCGUGCAAUUAUAUAAUGGCUGCAAAGAGAAAUGACAUGUGCCUUAUUUGUUGUUAGGGGUAUAUCCCUAUUAGUUUCAUUCUGUAUCAGCUAAUUAAAAGUUUCCCAUGCAGAUGCAUGUUUUGGAUUGAUGGGGGAAAUGGAAUGUAUACUUUGCAAUACAAAUGCUAUUUUCCCAUGUG